AUGACUACUUCUGGUGGUUCACUGUGGACAAUUUGCAGGCACGUUGCUUGGGCAUGCUCGGCGUUAUUUCUCUUUGUCCUGUUCGCCUUCUUCGUGAAAACUGGUACCACGUUAGUCCUCGAUUCGUGUUCUAAAGGCUACCGAACCCCGACCGCAGAUGAAUCGUUUGGCGGUGAUGCGUCAUGUGAAAACAGUCAGCCGUCACAAUGCAACAGUGGAUACAUAAUGAUUGGCGUUGGCGCGGUUUUUGGCAUAGGCUUCGUUCUUUUAGCAGUUUACUUCUUCUACAAUUUAUUGAGCAAGCGAGGAGGCCCCCGAAAUGACGUCGAAGCCCCAGCCAGAGAGAAUGGGUGCUUUCUUGAACCUGAUUGGCUGAUGCCAGUGACUCGAGGUCGUGGUUCAGCAGACCUUCAUUCAUUUUUACAGUGUCCAACAGCCCAUGUGGAUGUCAUCAUCGACUCGCCACCGGACUACGAAACUGCCUGUCAAGCUCUGGUUGUGGACGAUUGCGACGACUCGAUCUCCUACCACCCACCACCUCUCCCGCCCUCCAUGAACUCAUGA